AUGACAAGUACUUCGAAUGGCGAGAACAUUAAACCGUAUCUCAAACAAAAAAAAGAGAUUAGUGUUCAGGAUAGAUGUCUGUUAUGGGGAUCGCGGGUAGUAAUUCCUCCCAAAGGAAGAACUGACGUUCUGUAUUUGCUACACGAAACUCAUUCAGGAAUGGCACGAAUGAAAAGUUUAGCUCGUGCACAUGUUUGGUGGCCAGGAAUCGAUAAAGAAAUAGAAGAAAAGGCAAAGAUCGAAAUGUUCAACAUGUGGAGUACACCAGAGGACGCCAAAAAGAAAUGGUUGGAUAUUCACAUAACCAACUCGUGCAAUACGCAGUCAACGGUCAGAAAACUGCAUAUGACAUUUGUAAAUCAUGGAUUACCGGAGUGGUAGUUUCUGAUAAUGAUCCAGCUUUUGUUAGCAAAGAAUUCGAGGAAUUCAUGAAACAAUGGAAUUCGGCAUCUGCGCCUUAUCAUCCUUUAACGAAUGACUUGGUCUAGAGAGCUGUAAAAACGUUCAAGAAAGCGAUGAGGAAGCAGAGUGGAACUUUGCAAACUUGUCUAUCUUGAUUCUUAUAGAUAUAUAGAACCACACCGCAUACCACGUACUACAAGAAAAUCGCCCGCUGAACUACAAUCAGACUUGACACUGUUACAGCCAGAUGUUGGGAAAACUGUACGUCGUGCUCAACAUAAGCAGAAGAGACAUUGUACUGAACACGUAAGACAGCGUUCAGUUUCCAUCGGUGACGAUGUUCUCGUGAGAAAUUAUACAAACCCAGGAUUUCCGUGGACUGCUGGAAAAGCCGUUGAGUCUACGGGCCCAAUUUCUGCGAAUAUUGCAUUAUAUCAGAUGAUCACUGACGAUGGGAAAAUUGUACGACGCCAUCCGGACCAAAUAAGUUCCUCAAGCACUAAAGAUUCUAGCAUUCCUGCUCCAGAAGAAAUUCAAGAAACUAACACUUCUACAAAAUAA